UUUUUCCACCUGAUCGUCUUUGUAGCUUUCGAUCAUGGCGUAUAUUUCUCGCAACGUUUUGAAAACUGAUCGACGCCUCAAUAUUGGAAGAUUCCUAAUGAAUUUGGGCAAAUCUGCCCUUGAUUCAGCCAUUAACGUCUCCCUCAAAGGUUUCACUGGUGGGAAGAAACUGUACCAAACAAUUGUGCAGGAAAGGUUAAAAGAUGAACGAAAGAGAUUGAAAUUGGAAAAUGUGAAAAUAUCGGAGGAGGAGAGACAAUUAACAAAAAUGGAAGACAUUAAACUACAAAGUAAGACUGUUGCAGACAAAGUUGCUGGAGGAUCAAAUCCAUCGAAGAAGAAGAUACCUCAAGGCUCAAAGGAAAUGGAACUUCAGGAUUCUAAAAGGAAAACAAUUUUCAUUCGAUCUCGCUUGUAAAAUCCUAUGAAAGAUUAAAAACGUAAAUUGGUAGUUGAAUUAUUAAUCUCGUUUUA